UAUUGUUUGUUUCAGAAACAACAGUGGUAUCUUCAUUUACAAAGUCGAAGUGUCAAGCAGAAGAUGUCAGACAGUAAUCCAGUGAGGUUCAAUAGUCUUAAAAUAAAUAGAUUAACACCUUCCAGGGGCAACUUUAAAUGCUCUAAUUUUAAAGACACAUGUUGCAGUUCAGCAUUUUUGGACAGGAGAUGCAAUGAGUUGGUAAAAGAUCCUGAUGCAGGACAUGAAGACGUACCGAGUGUAACAGGUGUAUCAUUGCUACAGGAGCAUUCUGAGCACAUCCAUCCACGUGCCUUCUUUCCAAGGUCACCAUCUAUUGAAAAAGAAUUCAAUUCUAUCUCCUUAUCAGAAGAAAGAGAAGCAAAUAGAAGUGCAGAUUUUUUUGAAACUCCUAAAUCAAGUAGAAAAGGCUCCUCACUGCGCAGGAGGCUUCUUUUACCCAAGAGUGGUGAAGCUGGCACAACUGUAGGAUGCUGUGAAAGACAACCUAGUUCUUCAGGAAGCAUCAGGAAAAAAAUAUUCUCUUGUGUUCUGAGCUCUGAUGAAAAGCUUUCACAAACUGCUGCAGAUUCUCCAAAAGAUAAAGGUUACAAACUUCUGACAACUAGCACUUCAGAAUCUGAUUCUCCAAAAGAUAAAAGUUAUAAACCUCUGACAGCUAACACUUCAGAACCUGAGGACUCUAAUCCUGAUUCUCCAAGACGGAGGCUUUCCUUUUCACAACAAAGGACUUCUACUCUAGAUGAGUCCCAGUGUAAGGACCCCUUAUUGUUAGAAUCAGAAAAUUUGUCUCCAAUUCAGUGGAAGGAUGUCACUGCUAGUAACAGUAGUACUGCUAGUAACGAAUGUAAUGCAAAUGUUCUUGUGAGUGUUAGAUACAGGGUGCUUAGGACUCCUACAUACAAUGUGUUACCUGAAGCCAGUGAGGGUAAAUUCCUGACUUCUAUCGCCAGUCCUGUAGAGAACUUGAACUUUGGACUGUGUGAUAUAAACUCUUCCCCUGUUAAGGUAGCAAAUUACCCAGAUCUCUCAACGCCUGAGGACAGCGGAUAUAAUUCACUUCCUUUGGACAAAUCAGGAGACUCACUGUCUGAUUAUGAGGGAUCUUUCCAAGAGCUCUUCCAAAAGCACAAAGAGGAUUCCAAAACUUCAGACAGUAAAAGAAAGACAAGAAAACUUGAGCGAGUCAGAAGGUUAUCUACUCUUCGGGAACUAGGCUCCCAGUCAGAGACAGAAGAUAAUCAUGGCAGUCCUACUUCAAUGCAUAUAUUAACAAAAGAAAGAAACUUUGUCAGUGAAGAUCAUGAUUUAGUUCUAAAAGAACAGCCUGCUGGAGACCUGGUUGUAAGUCAUAGAGAUCUCUCAAGAACUCCAGCUCUGAAAAUAGUUCAUGAAAUUUGCUUGCAAAGACAAAGAUCACAGCAAAAACAAAUCUCAGAGAAUAUUGAUGGAAAAGAAAUAUUUGCAUUAGAUCAUGUUCUUCCUGGACUUAUUGGCAAGAAAAUGGGCCUUGAAAAAUUAGAUAUUUUAACAGAAUUGAAAGAUAGAAAUUUAAAACAUGUUCUUGCUAUAGUUUUAGAUGCUUUGACAGUGGAAAGUCUAUGCAGCAUUUGGAAAGUAAGCAAAAGCUGGCGUGAAAUCAUUGUACAAGACAGAAGUGCAGAUAAGAGGAGAAAGUUGUACACAAAACAGCUGAAAGAAGCAGCUCGGGAAUAUUUAUUGAAAACUGAAGAUGCUGCUACAAGACUUAACAUUCUCAAUAGAUCUGCUCUAAGGCCUGUUCAAGCUCAAGCCAGAACUCCUGUUUUACAGACACCACCUUCACACAGUGAACUUACACCUAGGAGAUGCAGUUCUCUUCCCCACUCAUCUAGUAGGCAGGAAGAAUACAUGAAAGUUGCUAAAACUCUGUUCACUGAUGAAGCUCUAAAACCUUGUCCAAGAUGUCAAUAUCCUGCUAAAUAUCAAUUGGUAAAGAAACGAGGACUAUGUAGCAGGGAAGCAUGUGCAUUUGAGUUCUGUAUUUUAUGUCUGCAUGCAUUCCAUGGGUCAAAAGAAUGUAAUAGUUUAUCUGCAAAACGGAAGAAUAAAAAAGAUGCUCCACCAGGAAGUGCCCAAAGCAAAAGAAAUUUAAAAAGACUCUAAAUUUUUAAGGCAUUCUUACAUUUAAUUCCUUUUACCCUCCCCCUUAAUUCCUGAUCUUGUUCCUGUUCUUCCUAAAAGGAUGCAUUUUGAAGUAUUAUCCCAUUUGUUCUUGCUGAUUUACCCAAGAUAACCUCUCAUGUAUAUAUCUUAAUUAACGUAGUAUAUUUUUGUGUUUUAAAAAAUGAACAUUUAAAAAUAUUUUGUCUUAUUUUACCUGUUGUGUAGUAGGUAGGAACUUACAUCUUCAUUUUUAAAUAAAGUGUCUUAAAUGUAGUCUUCAAUAUUUAGCUUACAGCACCUCAUAGAUGUUUAAAAAUGUUAUUGUUGUCUUAAAGACAAAUUAAAGAAUUAUUUCUUAAAGUCUUUGAAAUCAGAUUUAUUUAUUGAUUUUCUUUAAAUUACUGCAACUGUUUUAAAAAUUUCUCAAAGUGGGGCACUGUGUACAUGUGCAAAAAUGCUUCUAUUAAUAUGAACGGUCAUAUGUCAAAACCAAUAUAUUACUUGUCUGAAUUUUUUAUUGGAAUAAUUAAUUUGUUGUUCUCUUAGCCUCUGUAAUGGAAGUCAAUAGAAUAGUAAUUUAUAAACUG